AUGUAAUAAAUUGAUUAAAUAACUUUAUAGGGAUAUGAGAUAGAAAAAUAUGGGUAAUAUUUAAGCAGUGAUUAAUUUAAAGUAUAUGGAGCGAAAAUAGUUUCAACAGGAGAAUUAGUAGCUUUAAAAGAAUAAUCUCAAAUUACAAUGUUAGAAGAGAAUUUAUUAAGACUUCAAUAAUUAAUAAAAUAAUAACAUAUUAUUGAAAUCAAAAUUUUUGAAAUAAGAAAUUCAAAAGUGUUUGUAAUUAUCGAGAAGGUGAAAAAAUUAUUUAAGGAUUAUAUUUUAGAAAAUGAAUUCAAAUAAAAAUAAUAAAUUGAAAAAUGUCUUUUAUUCCUUUAGAUAGUUUAAGCUAUUAAAGAAUUUCAUAGAUUUGGUAUAUUUCAUAGAAAUUUAAAGCCUAUCAAUUUUGUAGUUUGUGAAGAUCCAAACAAAUCCAUUACGGUUAAACUUCUAGACUUUGGACUAAUCUAAUUUAUAACAGGCGAUGAUUAAAAUGACUUACUUUAAUAAGGAUCGAUUGAAUACUUAGCUCCUGAAAUUCUAGAACUCGAAUAAUAUUAUGACAAGUCAGUCGAUGUGUGGUCUCUUGGAGUGAUUUGGUAUUAGAUGCUAACAGGAUUUGUUCUGUUUCAAACCAACAGAAAUUAACUGACUUAAGAACUCAUUAAUUAAUCGAUUGAGCAAAAUGGAUAAUAAAUAGAUAUGAAUAUCAAAAAUUUCAUUAAAUAGAUGUUGGUAAUCAAAAGUUAGGAAAGAAUUUCUCUUGAGGUAUUAGUUAGCUAGUUGCAAGAAGUUAUUCAAAACAAAUAAAGUGUUAUGCCGUAGAACCAAGACUUAGAAUAGGUCGAUUAAUUAAACCAUUUCAAAAAUAAUCUAAAAGAAUAACUUGAUAACUAAUUUAAUGAAAAAUUGGAAUAGGCUAUCCAAAGAAAAGAAAAUUAUAUGAAAAAAGUAAAGAUUGAGAUUAUAGAAGAUGAAAUCUAUUAAACCUCAAACCAUCUUUUAAAUUUUUAGUAGCAGGAAAUAAAUAAUUAUUAAUUGCAUGCUACAUCAGAACGUUUCCCUUAGUAGAGUCUGUUAGACAAAUGGUAAAGCAGAGAUUAGUAAUUUAUGUAAUUCCAAGAAAAAUAUGAUGCUUAAAUCAGACAAAUGAUGUAAAAAUAAGAGGAGAAUAUAGUAAAACGUUGGAAUGAAAAGUCUGAUUAAAUUAAUAGAGAUAUCAAAUUAUAAGUUAAGUAGCAACUUUUAUUAGAUUAUAAUUUAUAAAUGUCUAUUAAGGAAAAUUAAAUUAGAGGAGAAUAAGUUCCAGUUCCUGAUGGCUUAAUAAUAAUAUAGAACAAUAAUAAAUAAUUAGAUUUAUUGACCAAAUAUUUAGAUAAUUCAUGCAUUAAAAUAUAAAAAACAGAGAAAUAUGAUCGAAUCAGAGAAAAACUAAAUUAAAUCCAAUAAUAAUUAGAUGUAAGUCGAGAUACACCUUCAUAUUAAAUAGCUGAAAGAAAUAGGAAUUUUUAAAAAGAAUUGAUUAAUAUCAAAAUUGAGAUUGAUUCAAUUGAAAAAGAAAUUGAAUUGGAAUAUUUAGCAAAUAAAUUAUAAAGAGACAAAUUGAAUUUAUAAAAUAAAAGUUAAAACUUAUUUCGAACAUAUAAAGGGAUAGUAGAUACUUAAAUAUUAAAAUUGCAAUAAUUAUCUAAUUCUAGUACAGAAACCAAUUAUAAUAUUUAUUUUAAUGAUAAAAUUGAAAAAUUAGGUAGGUAGAAAUAAAAUUUAGAGGAAAGAUUACAAUCUCUACUUUAAAAUUUUUAAAAUUAAUAAAUUGAAACUCUACUUCCAUCAUUUCAAAAGCUUAAACUAUUUAAUGAAAACCUUAAUAAUAUCAUAAGUUAAGAGGAAUAGUCAACUUUAUAACUAAACUCAUAAUAAAUGGUUUAUUAAUCCCAAAGUUUACCUAUUCUGUAGUAAGAAAUUUAAGAUAAAAUAAAUUAAUAGUUAGACUUAUUAGAUUCCAUUCAUUCAUAAUUAUAAUCAACUUAAAUUUGUUGUACAAAUAUCAAUAUUAUCAGAAAUUAAUAAGAGAGUAAAAGUGAAUUGCUUUAAACAUUAUAAUUGUAAAAUUAAGAAUUGCUGGAAUGUUAAAAAAAGUUGCAAGAAAAUAAUCUCGUAAUCGAGGAAAAUAGAGAAAGAUUUAGUUAAUAAAAAUAUUUCAAUAGUUUAUAAAUCUUUUCUGAAACUAACUACGAAGAACUUACUUUUAAACUUAAGGAAAUUAUUAAUUUACUCGAGUUAGUAAAGGACAGGUUUCGAUAUUUUGAAGACAUCACAUUUUAUGAGGAUAUUAUUGAUAAAUGGAAUAAGAUUAAAUCUUAUGAAUAAAACUUAAAAAAUAUGAUCUAAGAAACAACAGAAUCGAUGUAAAGUUACAACAAUCAUUAACUAGAAGCAUAAAUAGAUAGAAUGGGAGUUUUAAUAAUUUAGAUUAAAUAAGGACUUCAAACUAUACCAACCUUGAUCUAAUUUUAAAGAUUUAAUCAAGAAUAUGAAUAGAAUGAAAAUAAUUACUUAGAACUCUUCACUUUGAUUAUUUACAUAAAACAAUAUCAUUGCUUUAGAUAUAUAAAUAGAUUGUUGUCUCUAUAAAAUAAAACCUUAUCCAGAAAAUAGAAUUAGACCUUAAGUAAAGCUUAAAUUAUUUAAUAGAAUAAUUUAAUGUAAGAAAUUCGCGAAUAUAAUCAAAAAAGAACUAGAGUUCACAAUUUGAUGCAAGAAUAUUUAACAUGCUUAAAAAGAUAAAGAGAACACUUUACAAUUCAAUAACAUUAAGAGAAUAAUGCAUUUAUAAGCAAUUUGAAUUAAGAAUUAGAAAACAAGAUUAAAUAAAAAAUAACAGUAAAGUUACGUAGCAGAAUCAAUGAUUAAGCUCUCGUAAAUGCAAUUGUUAAUAAAAUCCAACUCUUUGAAUUUUCUCCACUACUCUUAUAUCAAUAAAUGGCAACAUCAUUUGUGAUUUAGUGUUAGCAAGACUGA